AUUAAUAUCGUGUUCAACCUCAUUGAGAUACGAUGAAGCUGAACUAUAUAAAGCUGCUCGUACGUAUUAAUCCGGCAGUUGUUUGCAGCCAGUGAUUACUACUAGUAGUACUGCGUGCCCACUGCCCUUUACUUACUAUAUUGUGGGUCAUGGCAGCUACUACUGAGGAAAUCACCAUCUCUCAAGCUCAAGCACCAUUCGAUGAUCAUAAUUGUGACAUCAUCCUUCGUUCGGCCGAUGGUGUCGAUUUCCAUGUCUAUAAGCUCAUCCUUUCGCUCGUGUCACCCAUAUUCAAAGACAUGUUCGCGCUACCGCAGAGCGAAUCGCAGUCAGAUGUUUCGUCCGUACGUAUCAUCACUGUGAUUGAGGGUAGCACGACCCUCGAAUCCCUUCUUCUACUCUGCUAUCCUGCCACCGCCGCCCCAACCUUCCGUAGCUUGGAUGAUGCAAAGGUUGUGUUGAAAGCAGCUAGCAAGUAUGACAUGCAAGCGGCCCUCGGCCGUGCAGGAGACCUCGUCAUGGCCCUGUUUUUCCCAAACCACUUUCUCGAGUUAUAUGCUCUUUCUUGUCAAUUCGGAUGGCAGCGUCAUGCUCAGAUUGCUGCUACUCGUGCCCUUGAGAUCAAGGAUUUAGGACGACCCAGCAAUGGGUUUCAUGGUUUGCAGGACAUCAGUGGUGCAGAUUACCACAGGCUCCUCGUCUACCAUUAUCGAUGCGGCAUCAUCGCUCAAAACGUCGGGAGCUCUCUUUUCUGGCUAGAGUCUUCAUCAUAUAUGGCCGCAAUGCGGGGUGGGUGCAACAGAUGUGGCACGAUAUCUAUGAAGCACUCGAAUUACUCGACAGGAGUCGCCUGCUGGUUCCAUGAAUAUCUGGUUUCGAGUGGGAAGGAGUUGUUGGCAAGGCCUUGCGAGUCAACCUUAUUGGGGCUGUCACAUUACAAUCGCGCUAUUAUCAAAGCGACUGAGUGCGGCGAAUGCCGAAAAACUGUCUUCGAGAAUAUGAACAGAUUUCAUACCUCAUAUAUCGCACAAGUCAAGAAGGUGGUCGCGACUGUGAGAUUGGAGGCUUGUGCCAAUUAAAGUUUUCACCGUCGUGUUGCUGCCAUAGACACGGUGCUGUGUAUCAUCAGAGAUGGCGUUGUGUUGGAUAUUGUACUGUAGUAAAUUGGCCGUGGGCUUAUGGGAUUGAACGAAUUAUGUAUAUGACCUAGCGACACUGCCAUACGUACCAAUAAAUAUAUUACUGCGCGUGUUAGGCCAAAAGCGACGUUGCAGCACAGACUUGAC